ACUCACAUUACGAUUAUUAAUUAUUAUACACCUGAACCGUGUUUCAACUUUCAAACUUCGAAGCAAGUUUAACUGUGUUGUAGUUUUAUACAUUUUCAACGAGAUUUAAAUUCGGUAAACCCCUUUUUAAUUAAUGGCGGACGAGGAAUUCGAUGGAGAGGAUGGGGGAGGAGAUUAUGACGACAUUGUUGAAGAAGACAAUAACAUAGAAGAGGUUGAGGAACAAGAGGAAGAUGGUUAUAAUGUUCAGUGUUUAGCUCCAGGGCAAGCCGGUGGUGGAGUAGAGAAAUCUAAACGGAUCACGACUAGAUAUAUGACAAAAUAUGAAAGGGCAAGAGUAUUAGGUACGAGAGCAUUGCAAAUAGCUAUGUGCGCCCCCGUCAUGGUGGAACUGGAAGGUGAAACCGACCCAUUACAAAUUGCAAUGAAGGAAUUGAAGCAGAGAAAGAUUCCCAUAAUCAUCCGAAGAUAUCUCCCUGACCACUCUUACGAAGAUUGGAGUAUAGAUGAACUUAUUAUAAUAGAUCAUUAGACAUAAAAUUAAAUUUUAAUAUAGUUUUAAGUAUAAAAUAAUGAUAUGUUUUUUCCAUUUAUUUUUAAAACAUUGUUCUUUGUACAAAUUUAUCAAAGUCCUAAUUAAACAUUCUCACACAGUAUAGUUGAAGUAACUAAUAAUUGAAAUAUGAAAAAACCCCACAAAUGAUUUUACCGUCUCAUUUGAGCAAAAUAAAAUGGAUUAUGUGGAGUA